AUGCAAGUACUGAUGCAGCGUUAUGAGUCAGCAUUACGACGUAGCUCGUGCCCGUCGACGGCUCCACGUCCUACUCGUCCCACUCGACGCUUCGAUCCUCAAUCAUACCGUCAUCGCAAUGGUGAAGCUGACCAAGAGAACCAGGUGCGGUCCACUCCAGGACUGAGUCGUGGAUCAAGUAUGCCAGCGCAGAAGCGCAUACCGACGACAAUUAGAACCAAUUCUAGCAGUAGUGUUGGUGCAGUCAAUGAAGAAGACUUCCGGAAAGCCUUCACCCAGGUUCCGAAAUGCGAUAAGCUGGAAGCACCUAUUUCACGGUUAUGCGAAGCACUUCUACCAGCUACGAUCUCCCUAAUUCAGAACAGUGCGAAGAUUAUGUCGUCAUCUGGAGUUAACGCUUGUUACUUCAUAGUCAAGUACGUAGAGCAUCCAAAAAUCAUACCUAUCGUACUCUCCUAUGCAUCCUCAAAAUCCAAGGAAAUACGGAAGUCUGUACAAGAUCUUCUCUCACAAAUUAUUGCUGUAUGGACGCCGUCAAAACUAGAAAAGUCGCUCAGCAGUAUUGUGGAUUGUGUGAAGGUAGGACUUCAACUUCCAGGUUUUUACAAUUUCUCUGUUGGGAAUUGA